ACAUUUUUCCAGUUUAAUAAAUAUUGCAACUUCUGCCUUUUUUUAAAUUGCAGGAAGCCAUAUUGUGAUUUAGUCUAAUGUGCGAGCAAUUGCCCAGCCCUACUCAAUAGCCUAUAUCAGUAUUCCUCACUUUCUCGUCCUCAUUAUGUUACAUUUUUGAGACAUGGCUACCCCUCUCCAAAAGGGCGCCCGUGAAGACGCAUCGUUCCCUGAGCCUCUGACGCGGUAAGUCACGUAACAUUACGUCAGAACCAACUGACAGCGUCCUGGUUUUACUGAGAGAGAAAUGUUGUUCUAGAGGCUUCUUAAAAGAACCCCCUAUGAAAAUAUCGACUCUCCUCCGCGGAGAAUCGUCGUAAUUUAUCAUUUUGAAUAAUUUACGCUGUGUUGUGGCUCAUGAAGAGUAGCGGUUGGCGGCGGUAACCCUGGAAUCAGCUGGAAAUGAAACCGUAGAAGAAGAAUCAACAGGAGGUUCGGUGAACAUGGCGGACGAUAGCAGGUUCACCGCUCUGAAAUAAACAGCAGCCAAAGCGAAACCAAAGACCAGAACCAGCAGCUGGAGGUCAUAGACUAAUUUAGACCUUACAUGGAGAACACGGACUCCCCAGGACCGCGAACCCUCCUCUGAAGCCGCAUGGCGUCCACUCAGGCCCGGAUAGGCCAGCAGGCCUUGGCAGUGCUGGAUGUAGCUCUGAGAGUUCCCUGUAUCUUCAUUAUCGACGCCAUUUUUAACUCGUACUACGACCCGGGCUCGGGCUGGGCCGGUGCUGUGGGGAAGGUGCUGGUCAGAGUCAUGGGUGUCCUCAUCUCCAGCGUGGUGCUGCUGCUCUCCCAGAAGGCCUUGUUCAAGUUCUACACCCUCUUCUUCGCCGUCCUCCUGGGGAUGGCGGCAGCCCUCUUCAACUACUAUGCCACCUCUCACAUAGACUUCUACAGCGCCUAUUACAAAGCGGCGCUGGGCUUUAGGUUGCUGCCCAGGAACGGGCCGACGCUGUGGCUGGGCAUGGCCGCUGUGCAGCUAGUCUUUGGCAUCGGGUACGUGUUCCUGCUCAACCUGCAGUCGCUGUUCGCUGCUCUGGUGGUCCUGGACAUCAUGAUCCCUCUGUGGGGGCUGAUGAUAGAGCUGCCUGCAGAUGUACGGCAGAUGGUGGCUGUGUUCUCGGGCCUGGCGUUGGCUCUAAACACGGUGGUGUGCCUCGCCAUGAGACUGAAGUGGUUCUACUACUCGUGCCGCUACGUCUACCUGCUCGUACGGCACAUGUACAGGAUCUACGGGCUUCAACUGCUGCUGGAGGACACCUGGAAGAGGAUCAGGUUCCCCGAUGUGCUGCGGGUGUUCUGGCUGACCAGGGUUACUGCACAGGCUCUGAUCCUGGUUUAUGUGGUCCGUGCAGUAAGGAGGGAGAGCGGAGACGCUACUGGAGGGGUCACGGAUGGAAGUUCAGACUCACAGGGUUACCUGUUGAGCUGGGACGUUUUCUGGGAUCUAACCAGUAACCUGAUCAUCUCGGGCUGUGACUCCACCCUCACCGUACUUGGGAUGAGCGCCGUCAUCUCCUCUGUCGCUCACUACCUCGGCCUCAGCAUCCUGGCCUUCAUAGGAUCCACCGAGGAGGAGGACAAGCGUUUGGGCUUCGUUGCUCCUGUUCUGUUCUUUAUUUUGGCUCUGCAGACCGGCCUGAGCAGCCUGGACCCGGAGGAACGCCUGGUCCGUCUGAGCCGGAACAUGUGCCUUCUGCUGACCGCCAUCCUCCACUUCAUCCACGGCAUGACCGACCCCGUCCUCAUGUCCCUCAGCGCCUCUCACGUCUCCUCUUUCAGACGCCAUUUCCCCGUCCUACUGGUGUCCACGGCGCUCUUUGUGCUCCCCGUGGUGCUCAGCUACGCCCUCUGGCAUCACUACGCCCUCAACACCUGGCUGUUCGCCGUCACUGCCUUCUGUGUGGAGCUCUGCCUCAAGGUGGUAGUCUCUCUGACCGUGUACGGCCUCUUCAUGGCAGACGGCUUCUCCAACGUCCUGUGGGAGAAGCUGGACGAUUACGUCUACUACGUCCGUUCUACGGGAAACAUCAUCGAGUUCCUGUUUGGUGUCAUCAUGUUUGGAAACGGCGCCUACACCAUGAUGUUUGAGUCCGGCAGUAAGAUUCGCGCCUGCAUGAUGUGCCUGCAUGCCUACUUCAACAUUUACCUGCAGGCCAAGAACGGCUGGAAGACCUUCAUCAACCGCCGCACCGCCGUCAAGAAGAUCAACUCCUUACCAGAGGUACGGGGUGACCAGCUGAGGGACAUCGAGGACGUGUGCGCUAUCUGCUACCAGGAGUUCUCUACGUCGGCUCGCAUCACGCCGUGCCACCACUACUUCCACGCCCUGUGCCUGAGGAAGUGGCUCUACAUCCAGGACACCUGUCCCAUGUGUCACCAGCGCGUGUACGUGGAGGAGGACAGCCGCGACAGAGCCGCCUUCUCCAACAACAACGGAGGCUACGCAGCGCCGCAGGACGCCGCUGCCGCCGCCCCACCAGCUGCAGGGGAACAUCAGCCUGGACAGCAGGACGCCGAGCCGCCGGCUGACGGAGCGGCAGCAGGGGGCGGGCAGGCAGCGGGGGGAGCGGCAGAGCUGGAGAACGAGCUGCUGGAGGACAACGACAGCAUUGAGUACGACGAGGACGAGUGGGGGACUCAGAACGGCAGCACGCCGAUAGAGGAAGACUAUAUCAAUGACGACACGGACUCUACGGAGGACUGACCACAGAGAUUUAGAGGGAAUAAAAACAUUUAUCUUAAUUUAAGUUAAAAAAAGAAUCUAAGAGUUCAGCUUCUUAAUCUGUUCUGGAAAAUGUCAGGGAUGUCUUUGUUUCUUCUCGUUCGGCGGCUACACACCAGACGAUUUGACCGAUUUUAACAACGAUGGCGAGCACAAGGGAUGUUUCUGAUGUUUUAGUCCUCCAAACGCACACACCAGACGAUUCAGCUGAACCGUUAGACCACAUGCCAGCUGUUUGACCUAAAAUCAUUGAUUGGCAAUAACCUGGGGCCCUCUGCUCCAAGGGGCAUCAAGAUACAGUCACUAUUGGUAGGGCAGGGAAACACAUUAGGUCUUAAUUAAAUAUCAAUAUAUUUUCAAGGCAGAUUUAUGCUGAUUGAUCGUUUUAAUCAUCAAAACAUGCAGGCAGACUUUUGCACACUGUCUCUAUUGCACAAAUAUGUCGGCAACAUUUACACGAGUGGUUGGAGCUGGUGAGGUGCUCGUGUUUCCUCUCCAGUUCCACCUACUGUUGCAAAUUUCACCAAAGUGUUUGUGCCGGUUUUCAGGAAUCUAUCUGCAGUUUUUGAUGGUUAAAAACAAUAAAUCUCUCUUAAAAUGAUCUUUAGCUAUAUUUUUAACUGAAAGACAGAGAGAGAGAUCACUCUUUAAAUUGCACAAAUACAUUGGCAACGUUUGGAAAAUGGUUGGAACUGGAGAGGACCGUGUUUUUCUCGAGGGUUCCCUCACUUCUUGGAUUUUAUUAACAUUGGCAAUUUGUGUGCAAUUUAAUCAUAUCCUUCAAUCAAUAAAUAGAUAAAUGAAAGUUACUAAAUUUGAUGUUUAGUUAGUUUAUUUUGGGCUUUUUUGAAAAUAGAAAAUCUGGGCUCGAUCCUCCAACCACUGUGUUGACUGUAGACUCAGUAUAAGGGCGCCUGCUCUACCCUCUGAGCCACAGCGGCAUCCUUCCUAAAGCUAUUUGUUUAAAGGGGGUGCAGCUUCACUUUAAACCUGAAAACUGCUGGAAUUAUCCGUCUUGACUUGCUGCAUCUGUCGGGCUCAGAGUCAGUCUAAAAUCGUCUGGUUUGUAGUCGGCUGUUGUUUUUCUUUCUGUUUGAUUUUCAGUUUGUUUUUUUCUCUAAGGGCUCGUCGAGGAGUAACUGCUGCUCUCGCUGUAUGUUUGUUUGUUUGUUUGUUUGUUUGUUUGUUUGUUUGCGUGAGUGUUCAGGUUGUCAAACGUUCAACACUUUCCAAAACUACGUGUCUGAAAACGAUACGAUCCUCCUACUUUAAGCAAAAACAGAGAGAACUGUUUAGACAUCGGGAGUGUUUUUCAUACAAUGUUUGAAGACGUCUGUCUCUCAUUAAUACCAUAAAUAUAAAAAUGAUGUUUUUAAAAAAGCACAGCAACAAAAUCAGACGUCUAAAGCAUCCAGUAUUUGAUUAUUUCUGUUUUCAGUCAGAAGAAAUUGCAGUUCAAAAACGUCUAAAUUGCACAUAAACACUAUCAAAUGUGCUUUUGUGCACAUUUUGACGGUGUGAAGGAGUUUUGUUGUAGCAUCUGUUAGAUUUAUUUUCCUCCCGAGCAUCUGUUUGAUAAAAUAUUCCGUUUUUUAAAGGUUAGAUCGUUCUGAUACUAUUCAUCAUUAAAAUAAAAGAUGGUAUUGUUUUUAAACACGUGGAGUUAAAAAGUUCUCAAGUAUUCAACAUUUUAACAACCUUGUCUCACUGGGAAUGUCAUGAUACCAGAAUUUAAAACUUUUUUUCAGGACUUUAGUAAAAAUCAGAUGGUAUCGAUACCACAGCAGUAAAAACGGAAACCUUAACCACUUAAUAUUGGGCAAUUUAUAGCUUUUAGUCACCAGAGACUUCAGGCAAACUUCUACACAUCCUCCUACUGACACAAAGUCAGUGCCCCGAUAUGUUAGUAAUGUUUGGACAGGGAGUGCAAUCUUAGUAAAGAUUCUGUUUUUGUUGCUGGGCCAAAAAAUUGCACACAAACUCCUGUGCAUAUUAUUUUGCCACGAGAGGGAGAAUAGUCAGCAUUAUCCCCCAAUGCAUCCUAACAUUGAAAAGUUGCAGCAGUUUUUACGGAUGCUAAAAUAUAGAAGUCCUAGACACCAAAAGAUGGACAAUUUAUUGGCUAUAAUCACCAAAAUCUACAAAAAUGCAGAGAGAGCAGUCAAGCUGCACAAAUGCAUAGGCAACAUCCCGCCCAUUUAACAAAAUGAAAUUAUUACCAAUGCAACAACAAUAGAAGUCUUAAAGGAACAAAAAUGCACAUGUUUGACUUACCAGAGUCAUUUCUGUGUCUAAAUUAUGGUGUCGUGACAUCCCUAGUCUGCUGCCAGGGCUGCAUUCACAUGAUCCCAUCAUCAAUAGAAAUCCUGAUCAACAUAUUUCUGUAAUUGCAAGUUUUCUAACCAAUCACCUCAGAGCUGGAUCGUCUCAGUAAAUCAGCCUGAACGAUCAUUAAUGAAUCGAUGCAUUAACCUCUGCACAGCACACGUUCAUGGAGCAGUUUAGCGGCAGGGAUUAAAAUAAUCAUCUAAGGAAUGAUUAAGCUUUAUUUUGCAUCUGAGAUUAAAAGGAAAUGCGGGGAAAAAUUCUCACAAUGAUGCCAGGAGUGUCUGAAAAUCAGAACAGAGGAGGAAGACUGAUUCCUGCGUUUUGGAAAGUCGGCACAUUUAACGCCUGCAUCCACUGAGCUGUUUUUAACGUUGGCAGCAGUCACUGAAAUUAGAAUUUCCCCAGCAAAAAACAGCAGCUGUGGAUACAAGCCUCAAAGAAGGAGUUAAAAUGCUCCAAAUUUAAAUAAAAAUCAUCCUCCUUCUACUUUCAGCUGUGUGUCCUAACAGCACAGAAACAUUAGAUUAUUUGACUUUAUUUAAACAUUUGGCUCUCAGAAUGCAUCCUUAUAAAAUCCUCCUCUUUUUUUCUUCAUGGCCACAAACUCUCCUAUAAGCAAACUUUGGGGAUUUUAUUUACAAGCAUGAAGUGAAGUCUCCCUUCCUGUUUGACUGUAGCUCAUCUUUUCCCGUCUGCAGCCCUCGUUUUUGUUUUUUGUGUGUUUGAAUCUGUGCGAUUGUGCGUGCCUGCCGACCUGUAAUGUGCUCUGACGAUGUCUUAAAGGUUCAGUUCAUGUUCCCUCGCCGAGAGUCGCAGGGAAAUGCUGGAAUGAGCUGGUUUAUUGAUAACAAAGAUGAUGAACAACUCCACACGUGAGCUUUUAUCGAUCUGCACGACAGCUUUCAGGAGAUGAUAAAUGAAGAAACUGGGAUUAUUGAUUCUGACGAUGGAUUUCGGUGCAUUUUGCACAUUUAAAGUAAUCUCACAAAUACCAGGUGAAUCAUAGCACAUCAUUGGAAGAGAGAGAGAAUGGCUUAAAUUGCACAAACAUGUCAGCAAUUUUCCAUCUUUUUUUCUCAAACAAAACCGUUAGCACAGCAGCAAAUCAGAAGUCUUAGACACUCAAAAAUGGGCAAUUUAUUGGCUUUACUCUCCAGAAAUGUCAGAAAAACUCCUCUGGGAGUUGUAAUGCUGCAAAAGAAAGAGAGACAACAUGGCUGUAAUGGCAAAAUUAUAUUAAAUAUUUUCCCCCAGCUUCUCCACAUUGGAAGACUGACAAAAUAGUUGUAAAAGAAACAAAAAUAGAAUCCAGCACACACUAUAAUGGGCAAUUUAUUGUUUUUUUCUUACCAAAAAAAUCAUCCAAAAAAAAGCAACAGAGAAAAAUGGUACAUCCUAAAUUACAAUGAUACUUUUUCAAGUUUCUACCAAAUUCUAACCAAAAACAAUGAAAUAAUACUUGAAGUAACAAAAUCUAAGACACCCAAAAUGGGCAAUUUACUGAUUUUAAUCCCCCCAAAAUAAAUGACAGUGGGCAACAUAAAAUAGCAAGAGAAAGAGAGAGAGGCAAAAAGCAAGGUCUUGCCAUUUUUCCUGCAUUAGCCAAAACAAAAACUUUGAACAAAUCAAUAACAAUGCAGCAAGAAUAGAAGUCCCAGACUCCUAAGAGCGGGCAGUUUGUUACUUUUAAUGACCCAAAUCUGCAGACCAUCUGUGCAUCGUGUUGCCAUAAGGGAAAGAGAGAGAGAGCAUGGUUUAAUUUUACAAAUACAUCAGCUAUGUCCCACACAUUCAUCCACACAUAUAACUCCAACAGAUCAUUACCACUGCAACAAUAGUGUGAAUCCCAAACACCCCAGAACUGGCAGUUUAUUGGUUGAACUUCUGUGUAGAGCAUAAUCCUGCUAGUAAAAGUCACACCCAUACUUUAGAAGUGUCCCAACAAUUCAUUCAACAUAAAGAAAUAGACACAUUGAUUCAGCAAGAACAGAAGUCCCAGACACCUAAGAAUGGGCAAUUUAUUGGUUUUACUCAACAAAAAAAACAGAAAGAGAGAGGGAUUGAUUAUUACAAAAAUAGCAGAUGAUCGACUAUCGCCACAAAGGAGAGCAAGAAAGAGCCCGGCCUUAAUUGCACCAAUACAUUUGCAAUUUUCCACCCAUUUGUCCAAACCAAAAUAACUACACAAGAAUGGGCAAUGUAUUUGUUUAAAUUACUUUAAGUUGCUGACAAACUCCUGUUGACAACUUGUCGCUGCAAAAGAAAGAAGUAGAGAAAAAGCACGGCCUUAAUUGCACAAAUAUGUUUACAGUUUUUAUGACCAAAGAUUAACAGCUGAAGAAAUGUUCCCACAGCAACACAAAUGGAAGUCCUGGACACCCCAAACUCGUCAGUUUAUUGUUUUUAUAGAGCAAAAUGGCAGACGAUUUACUGUGGAUGAUCUUCUGCUAAAGUGAGUCUGGAUGCACGAGUACAUAAUCAGUAUUUUAGACUGAGACUUAUGCUGACGUCAGUUGGACCCUGGAUCCUCUGGUCCAGAUCUUACUGAGGACUCUGUGCAGUUUAUAGCUCUCUCUCUCUCUGUUCUCUUCUUUGGAAGCUUUGGUCCUUCUCCAUGCUCCGAUUAUUAAAAUAAGAGAUGACACUGAUUUAAAACGGCAGUAUAGUGAAGUCUCUCUGAAUCCUGUUUCACCUGCAGAUCAAUCUGAGCUUGUUUGUUGUCGACGUUUUUGUUCUUAACAGACGUUAACAGACUUUAGUGAAUGAAGGCUGAGAGUGAGGCAGAAGAGAGGUGUUUGUGAUUAAAACCAUGAUGAUGGCGUGCUACUGUAAUCACAGAUAUACCUCUGAUAUCAUGACUUACUACUGGUCUCUUGUGUGACCUUGCUUACAUUUGUGUACAUUAUUGUACAUAUAAUAAACACAGACAUGCACACUUUC